UGGAAAAGAGCUGUGGGCGCCGGUCUUUGCACGGAGCCUCACUGCUGAUCCCCAGGAAUAACAGGCUGGAGAAGAUGGUGACGCACCGUCUGACACACAGUCCUCAGGACGCGGUGACCUUCCCUGAUGUGGCUGUGAGCUUCUCCCCUGAGGAGUGGAUGUGCCUGGAUGCCUCUCAGAGAACACUCUACAGGGACGUGAUGCUGGAGAUCUACCAGCACUUGCAGGCUGUCGGGCAUUCCGGGGUGAAGCCUGCGAUGAUCACCUGGCUGGAAGGAGCUCUGAAGUCGGAGAGGAGAGGUGCGUUUGCAGAAUGCACUACACAGUUUCAGGAUUUGGCAUUUCAGCAGUUUGAUUUGGGGACAGGAUCGCCAACUACAAGAGAGCUGGGAAACGGUCGGCCCUGGUGGAAUGUGUGUGAUCGCGUGGAGUGGGACAAAGUCUCGAGUGAGCAACUGUGCCUUGGUUUCGGUGGGAAUGUCGAGACAGGCAGGAUCUUUCCUGAAGGUGAUGGGAACGGCAUCCUCGCUCCGAAGAUGCCCUUCCCUGGGAUAAGCUUCUCCGAGUCUAUUCUGCUCGGUCAGUGGACUCAAACCCCCCUGAUGGGGCAGCCCCUGGACUGUGGGAGAGGAGCGCUGUUCAUGGUGAGUCCUUCACACCUGCAGGCCUAUACGCAAAGUCACCACGGAUUGAACCCAUCCAGCUGUAAGGAAUGUGGGGGAGCCUUCCCAUGUUCUUGGCACCAUGUUGUUCCCGUCGAAACCCACAGUGGACAAUAUCCCCAGGAAUGUCAGCAGCGAGGCCCAACUUUGAGUGAAGGGUCACCCCAGCUUGACCUUCCGAACAUCCACAUACGAAAGAAAACUUACCUGUGUGAGGAUUGUGGGAAGCCCUUCAUUUAUCCCGCCAGCCUUAUUAAACACAGGAAACUUCACACCGGAGAGAAACCUUACAUAUGCGUGGACUGUGGGAAGGCCUUUCCGUAUUCCUCGGGCCUUAACGUCCACAAGAAGAUCCAUACCGGAGAGAAACCUUACAUGUGCAACGAGUGCGGGAAGGCCUUCAGCCUGACCUCCAGCCUGACGAUUCACAGGCGAAUUCACACCGGGGAGAAUCCUUUCGUGUGCCAGGAGUGCGGGAAGGCCUUCAUCCGCUCCUCCAACCUCACCAUCCACAAGCGGAUCCAUACUGGGGAGAACCCCUUCAUCUGCCAGGAGUGCGGGAAGACCUUCGCCUACUACUCGAAGCUGCUUUCCCACGGGAGGAUUCACACCCGAGAGAGACGGUACAUGUGUCCGGAUUGCGGGAAGGCCUUCAUGGACAAAUCGUACCUGUCGAAACACCGGCGGAUCCACACCGGGGAGAGGCCUUACGUGUGCGGGGAGUGCGGGAAGGCCUUCAUGCAGAAAUCGUACCUGUCCAAGCACCAGCGGAUCCACACGGGGGAGAGGCCGCACGCCUGCAGCGAGUGCGGGAAGGCCUUCGUCUCCUCCUCCGACCUCUCCCGGCACCGGCGGACGCACACGGGCGAGAAGCGUUUCGUGUGCCAGGACUGCGGCCGGGCCUUCCUGGAGAAAUCCACGCUCGCCAAGCACAGGCGGAUUCACACCGGGGAGCGGCCGUACGUGUGCAAGGACUGCGGCAAGGCCUUCACCCGCGCCUCCAUCCUGAGCAUCCACACGCGCAUCCACACGGGCAAGAAGCCCCACGCCUGCCCGGACUGCGGCAAGGCCUUCAGCUACUCGCUCUCGCUCCUGGCGCACCGGCGCCUGCACACGGGCGAGAAGCCCUACAAGUGCAAGGAAUGCGGGAAGGCCUUCGGGUCCUCCUCGGACCUCUCCCGACACGCGAGGAUCCACACGGGCGAGAAGCGGUACGUGUGUCCGGACUGCGGGCGGGCCUUCAUGGAGAAAUCCUACCUGUCCCGCCACCGGCGGACCCACACCGGGGAGCGGCCGUACGUGUGCAAGGAGUGCGGCAAGGCCUUCUCGCGCGCCUCCAUCCUCAGCAUCCACACGCGCAUCCACACGGGCAAGAAGCCCCACGCCUGCCAGGACUGCGGCAAGGCCUUCAGUCAUUCCUUUUCCCUGAAGUCCCACAGGAGACUGCACACCGGCGAGAAGCCGUACGCGUGUAAGGAGUGCGGGAAGGUGUUCACCAACUCUUCCAGCCUCAGACUGCACAGGAGGCUGCAUCGGAGAGAAACCUCGUAACUGUAGGAACUGCAGGGAAGGCCAUUCGCUUGACCUUCACGACUUCCUUUCUCCGUCCACUUCGUUUUUGUUUUGUUUUGUUUUUUUGCCUUUUUGGGUCACACCCGGCAAUGCACAGGGGUUACUCCUGGCUCUGCACUCAGGAAUUACUCCUGGCGGUGCUCAGGGGACCAUAUGGGAUGCUGGGGAUCGAACCCAGGCCGGCCGCGUGCAAAGCAA